AAGGAAGAGUUGUGUGGAAUGCACCAAGAGAACAACGCCUAGCUAGGAGCAAACUGCAAACUCUACAAUGGCAAGAGCAGGAACAUCCGUAGCUAUUCUUCUUAUUGUGCUCGCAGGGGUGUCCUCCGGCCUCCCUGCCGCCUACGCCAACACCAACAUGGCCGCCCGGAUGUGCGUCAAGACCAGGAACCCCACGCUGUGCAUGGUGGUUCUGAAGGUGAACCCAAAGAGCGCCUACGCUUCCACGGAGCAAGAAGUCGGCAGCGUCGCGCUGCAGAUCGCGAGCGACACCGCUGAGUACAACGUCGGGGUCAUCGUCAACCUGAACAAGGGCAACCUAGGCACACCCGAGGGAGGCGCGCUGGCGCAGUGCCUCUGGGCCUAUCAGGAUGCCGACAACAACCUCAAGCACAACGCCCGCAUCGGUUUCGACCGCGGGGACUACGUCGGUACGAUGGCUCUCGUGUCGGCCGCCGAGGUCGUCGGGGAUUUGUGCGAGAAUGCGUUCAAGACGAUGGGCAAGAUUUCCCCUUUGUCAAUGAUAGAUCGCCAGAUGGUUGAGCGAUGUGGCGUCGCUUACGAACUCAUUACCCUGCUUAACCACGAGUGAUAGAGCCUACAAAAAUAUUGGCUCGUAUAUGUGCAGGCUCCCCUCAAUAAUUAUUUAGUUGUUCGUGUAGCAACAUAUUUUGGCA